CCAUCCCAUUAUGUGGGAUUUACAAGUCCGUGGGGUCCACGGAUUUGGAUCCAAAAAAGGGAACAAAUCCGUGGACCCCACGGAUUUAACACCUGACAACAAACAAUGGACUUGGCUAAAAUCCAUCAUGCUUCGGAUUUGAGUCCCAAAUCCAUGACCCAAAUCCAUCAAGCAAACGACCCCGUAAUUUACCAAGUUCAAGUUCAAUGAUAGUUAUACCGCGGGAGGUUCUUAAACAGUCUGCAGUCUCGACUAAAGGUCUCCAGACCCUCUCAAUCUGAGUCCCCAGCGGGCGACUAACCUCCACCGGAGUAAACAGAUUGAGGCCCUAACGAACCAAACCUCCACUACCGAAGUAAAUUCGGUAUAGAAUAGUGAAUUGACUCCUCGACUAAAGUCGUCAAUUCACUACCUUCAAUCAAUGGUGCUCUAUCAACCUAGGUAGAUAUUCUCCUUCUAGGUUAAAGCAGAAACAACAGGAAUUUGAUCAGGAUUCAUGCCAUUCAACAAAUCAGACCUCAAUUGAACAUAAUCAUACCACUGAAUCUGUACUUGGGUUCAUACAAUCAGACCUAACAUACAAAUCUAGGGUUCUUCAUACCCAGGUGAAAGAGAAAGUUAUUCCGUAGAGAGAGAUGGAAAAUCUAGCUCAGAUGCGGAAACCAUACUGUGAAGGAUGAGAAUAUGCUUCUGGCACUCAAUCAGCUCUUCUCCAAGCUCAAGCCGGGCUCCAAUGGUGAUGGAGAUCGAUCAAGGACACUUGCAGAAUCAGGUUCAUCACUUUCUCUCUCUAGGUAUCGCUUUUUCUCUCUAAAACUCGGAACCUUUCUCUUUUGCCCUUCUUUUCCCUUAAGAGGCUGUCUGUCGCGAUCCCCGGCCUGAAUACCUGGUCGGGUAUUUUAGGUGGAGACCGGGUAUUAUCAAAACACACCGUCGAGGUAGGGGAAAAUCCCCGUUCAAGGCCAAGAAUACCCGACCGGGGAUUUCUGCUUACUGCCCGGGCCCCCUUCUGCUUCUUAGACGCCCAAAACACAUUUUCCCCGGUCUGCUCCAAAUAAUACCCGACCGGGUAUUUCUGCUCAUGGACGGGUAUUUUGCUCCUCCAACACACUUCAAACCAAACGUGCUCCUUUCGACCCGAAUCUCGUUUCUUCGCCUCGAUGCCAAUGCUAAGCCCUGAAAUAUGACAUAAACGCACAACCUAGCGUGAAAUCGACUUAAAACACGAGAAUCGACAUCUCAAACGGCUCAAGAAUAGGCGUAAAAACAUGUGCAAUCAAUGGUCUAUCAGAUUCUCGCAAACAUAUGCUCGUAGGCAAGGUCCACGCGACGUUCAGGAUUGACACGCGAACAUAUUUGCAGGAUGAAAGCUUCUUUCGCCAGCCACGAUGGCAGCAAACAAUCGACGUUGGGAUCAACCAGGUUCUUGGCCUUUCAGUUAGUUGGAAAUUUUUCAAAUUUGUUAAACCUGUUGUGUCUGAUCUGUAGCCACUUACAAGGAUAUGAAAUUGUCACGAAAGUUUCGGAAGUUGUCUCAUGACUGUGGGUCUUGCUAUGCUUUUGUCUAGCUAAGAUUGUGUAUUCACCUAAUCAUGUCGAUGGUUGAGAGAGAUAGUUUCGAUAUGAAUUUUCAUCAGAGCUUGUAUUAUGCAACAGAAAGAAGUGGCAAUUGCAGGGGGAUACAUUGGGACAGAGAAAUCCUCCCAUACAUAUAAGCAGUGGCGGAGCCACAUGUAGAGGAGAGGGGUCCUAGGACACCACUUGGAAAAAAAGUGUCAAUAAAACCCUUUAGAUAUGUAGGGUUUAGUAUGAUUCUUUGCAUUUAGGACCCCAUACUUUUGUUGAUAUUAGCUUAUCUAAGGACACCAAUCAACUCAAAGUUCAUUAAAUACACAGACAAAAACGUUUUAAAAUUUUUAAGGACCCAAGUCAAGUCAAAGUCUGGCUACGCCACUGCAUAUAAGCACAUUCUCAUUCUGUACCUACACGAUUCAAUAUUUUAUGGGCUCCCCACAAAGCAAGGAAGGAGUUUCGAGUCUUUUUGCAUCUUAAUUAUCGCUGAUAUCACUUGAGCUGGGCCACUUGGGCUUUUCGUUUUCUUUUCCCGCAGCCCACUAGGCACUGGCUACAGACUAGCUGUCUUUAUAAUCUCAUAAUCCCCCCUUCUUAGAAAAAGAAAAUUCCUAUAAUCCUUCAUUGGAUAGCCAUUACAUAGUUAAAUAUUUCGUUUAAUACACGUAUAUGUGCCUGUAUGUACUUUAUUCGUUUCAAAUUUCUGUAUCCGUAUUAUGGUCAAGUCGUUUCGUUUUUGUCCGUUCAUUUGAUGGCUCCCGUAUUAAACACGUAUAAAACUCGUAUAACACAUUUAAUAUUCGUAUUUAAUGAAUUACUUUAUUAAAUUUACUAUUAUUUAUUUAUUUUUAAAAUAAUUAAUAUUAUAUAUUGAUGACUAUUAACGUACUAUUAAACGUAACAUUAGCAUAGAGACGAAAUAAAAUACUCGUACGUAUUUUAUACGUAACUUUCACGUACCGUAUUUUGCUAACUAUGCCAUUAGUAAUGGUUUUACUAAUGAAUUAUGAUAAGUUUGGUGUUUUAAUAAUAAAAAGGUUAUAGGUGUGAUUCGGUAUCAAUAUGUACGAAAUUUUAUACAUUAAUUUAAUAUUCAAAUUAAAUUAAAGUGACGAGAAUGAUAAAAAAAUACACGUCUUUAUUUUCAUUCAAAUAAACCUUGUCAUAACUAAUAAAGAAUUGCAACGCAAAAAGUGGAUAGACUCUAAUAAUUACAACAUCCAAAUAAAGAAUUUCAUCAACUGCCUCAAGCUUUCACUUCUCUAUUUUCUAAUGCAAUAUUUUAUUAAUAAAAAUAUAUAAGUACUACGUAGAGGAUACAUUCAUAACAACAUAAAUUAUUAAAUUUUGCAUCCAUUAUUCUAUAGAUCCAUGCAAGUUUCACUGAAUGUAGCUACCUAAGUUGACCUGAAAAAUAAGCAAAAAUGUCCACUACUCGAUAAGAAAAGGUUGCAUGCAGACUUAAAGAUCUCUAUGCACAACUCACACCAUAAGAAUCAGUAGCAAAAAGAUUUUCAAAUCCAAAAGAGAACUGUAAAAUUUCAUCAAAUACCCGCCUAUGCAAAUUCCUGUAAUUUAAGGAGGAGCAAUUUCAUACAAGUAAACUAGAUGUGCCAAUCAGCUAGAUCAAUUCCACUUGAAUAGUAAUCAAGUAAUCAAACUAUGCAUUGUGUAAGAUGAUAUUAUGUCCAUACUAUUUCUAAGCAAAAAAUAGAUAACAGUCGAAGCAUAUCUGAAAUGCUCCUAGCAUAUUGAAGGCAAACCAUAACUUUAAUAUAUGGUCAUUAUAAUAGCCUUCAAGUAUUGAUGACUCUGAGAAUUAUCAUGCCCAACCCCCCACUUAUACAACUACGUAGCCAUAGUAGUUAGUUGUAUAAUGAUGAAAUGUUACAAAGAAAAUUACAUAAACAACCAAUGUAAGUAAAUAUUGAAACUAACAACUGAUAAAAUUUAAAAGCUCUCUAUUGAUUUUAAUGUACCUCUUAGUAACAACUAUGCAAUCGAGUAUAGAUUAUUUUUAGGCGUUGAAUAAGAAAAGUAUAGAUGGCUCACAAAUGAAGACCCAACAGCUGAAGUAGCACACAAAAACCAAAAAUAGAAAAACACAUAAGGAAAGAAGGCGAGAAAUAAUCAAACAAUAGAAAAGCCCACAUAGGAAUACCUUGCUAGCACUAGGGACUCUCUGUCACAACAAACUAUCCUUUAAAAUCUAAAACCUGAGACAUUAAACACUAAACAAACCUCCCACGACAUUAAUGUAUGGCAUGCCUAUUUUCCAGCAGGUUUGUCCUAUUCAAAAUGAAAUUCAAGCAUUGGAUUACUUCUAAAUAAAUGGACUUUUCACCAUUAAACCAAAACUCACAAUCAUUAAUAGUUAGUGCAAAAAUAUAUAUUUCUUAGGCCAAUCACAACAUUUAAGCACAACUUUUAGUUGAAAAGAGUAGUUGAGCAUUUAACUAAAAGAUAUAGUAGAAUAUAUACAAUAUGCUUCCUACUAAUAAUAUAAACGUAUAUCGAUACCAUCGUUAUAUCCUGACUUGCCAUUUGCAAUGAGUUGCUUUGAAAUACCGCUGCAUUUUAGAGAAUAAACACCCAUAAGGGCAUUACGAAACCAACCUUAAUCCAAAAUCUUCAUAUUCCACUUCGAAGGUUCCAUUUUCAAAAAUUAGAGAAUUUAAAAUGUUAAAUCACUCAUUUGAAAAAUCUCAAAUCACUAUUAAUCAAUGCAAUAUAAAGGCAUGCUCCAAAUUAUGUACUUGUUGGAAUAAUCUCAAAUCAUUAUCAAUUAAUGCCCCCAACUACCUGAUAUGCAAAGUAGCUCUGGAGCUAUAGUGUUGUUUGCGUUGGUCUACCUUCAAACAUAGUCGCAUCAAGAACCAAAGCAAUUAAGCAAACAAUCUUCAAAUUCAAAAUUUAAAGACUCAAUUCAAUUUGCCCAGCGUUUUAUACAUAUCGGUUACCCCUGGACCUAUUGCACUUGUUGUCUUCAAAUCUUCGUGAACACAAUACUAUUGAGGAGGGAGGCUUUCAAUGGAGUGGAGUGUGUUAGUUAAGUGAAUCACCAUACAUCUGAACAAAUGGGGUCUUCUUGCUUAGCUAUCAGAACAGUGAGGGUAGCUGCAAUUCGUUGGUUGCUCCCUCUACGCAUUCUAGUUAGAAUCUUUGGCCUAAGUUGUAGAGAUUAGGGUUCGGUGAGAACUUUGGGUACAGGAGGAGAGUAGGUUCGUGGGGGAGGAGAUGACAUGGCGAGUAGAAUUGGAGCUUUGGCAAGGCUGCGAUGAGUUCACGAUCAUGGACCAAAUCACAGUUUCAGCUCGUUUAAAUCGAAACAUGUUUUUAAUUUCGUACUUGACAGACUGGCCGCACUGGUGCCUUUUAAAUUUAGCCCUAAAAAAUUGCUCUAGAUGCAACAAAUUUAAAAUAGGAUCCCCCAUUUCUCAUUUCACCUUUAUAUUAUGUGUAGAUUGAGAUGAGUGAUGAGUGUAGAUGUAGAUAGGGGUGGGAAUCGGUAAGAUAUCAGUAUCCCAAUACCAGAAUCCCGAAUACCGAAUUACACCCUAAAGUCAAUCUCAAUCCCAAUCCCAAAAUAAUUUCGGUAUCCCAAUCCCAAUCCCUAAAUAUUUCGGUAUCCCAAUCGGUACUUCGGUAUCCCAAUUGGUAUUAUCGAAUAAGAAAUUAAUUACCUUUGCAAUUAAUAAUUAAAUAUAUAAAUUAGAUUUUAUUGUUUAAUUUAGGGGAAAAUACUAAGCAAAGAGUUUUGAAUUAGGAUAUUAUUAAGGAGAGUGGAGGAGUGGAUACAUCUCAAGUUCUUGUCAUUGAUAAUCUUUAAUUUGACGAAUUGGAGGUUGAGAGACGACUAUUAAUAGUGAUGGAAUGAUCAUUGUAUAAUUAAAUGACACUUUUGGUGGUUGAGGGUCAUGUAGUAGUAAAUGAGAGAGUCUAGUAAAUGACACUUUUGGUAUUGAUCGGUAUUUCGGUAUAUCCCAGUCUCAAUCCCGUAAUCCCUAAUACCGAAUAACAAUUGAACUCAAUCCCAAUCCCAAGAAAUAAUACGUGUAUUCGGUAAUACCAAAUAUAUACAAAUUCGGUACGGUAUUCGGUAUAUCCCAAAUACCGGUACCAAACUUCCAGCCCUAGAUGUAGACAUGUCAUUGCCCUAUAAAUUCAUUAACUUGCCAAAAAGUGGUGAAAUGAGCCACCAAAUUAAACCAAAUCUCGUAAAAUGAUCGUUGGAUCCAAUCAUGCCAGAUUCGGAAGAGGUUUACAACGUAGAGGUUAACAUGACUAAACCGUUCAGAGAACCAGUCUCAUAGAGUUUGCACAAAGAUAUGAUUGCUUUAUAGUAGUUUCGAAAACUAAUACUAAUUUAAGAUUCGACAUUGUUUCUACAUAUUUAUUAUUGCAAUUCGAUAUGCAAUAUUCGAACUAGUGAGAUUUGGGCGGCAAUUUUAGGGUUAUCAUAUAUUUAUAGGAUAGAUAGAAAUUUAAAUUUAGUAUUAAACUACAACUAAAAUAAUCAAAAUAUGAAAAUCGAAGUAUCAAAAGAUCAAAUAAGUACUUACGGGAGAUUCGACAGCCACCUAAUCGUUGAAAAAGUUAUAUUAAGUUUGGAUUUUAUGUUCGUGUAUUUUUUAAUAUAAAAAGAUACAACAAAUAUAUUUAGUGUGAUUGCUUAUGAUCCUUGCUUGUCUUUAGAGUGAGUAUGGUUCAAUUCCAAUGUGUCUUUUUUAUGAAUAAAUAAAAAAAUAAGUAAUUAUGAAAAAUAAAAUGUUCAUUCUAUUUUCACUCCCCGAAAUUUUGAUGCAUAAUAAUAAAAAAGUUGUUAUUAUAUUAUCAUAUUAUGGGUAGAUUAAUAAAAAAUAUAAAAAUUGAAUCCAUUCAUGUAAAUAAAUAAUAAUAAAAAAAAACGUUUCCUAAUCACUGUCCAACUGGUUUUGCGGGUAGUUCCCUAGUCGCAGUAGAAUGCUCAGAGCAUACACGCUCUCCCAAGCUCCGUUUUAUUUGUACACGAAUUGCGAACCAAAUCCUUCAGCAGCUACUCUCCAUCCACAGAAGUUCAAAUCAACCCGUUCUCUCCCUCACUCUCCAAUUCCUCUCAACUGAUUUCGUCGCCCGCACUUUGACCUCUUUCUCCUCUCCUUCAAUGGCGUCGGCGCCGGCAGCAGCCCUAACCCGAGACCAGUACGUCUACUUGGCGAAGCUCGCAGAGCAAGCCGAGCGCUACGAGGAGAUGGUGAGCUUCAUGGAGAAGCUCGUCACGUCCUCCACCCCGGCCUCCGAGCUCUCUGUCGAGGAGCGGAAUCUUCUCUCCGUCGCUUACAAGAACGUGAUUGGCUCCCUCCGCGCUGCCUGGCGUAUCGUGUCUUCGAUUGAGCAGAAAGAGGAAGGCAGGAGGAAUGAUGAGCACGUUGGGCUCGUUAAGGAGUACAGAUCCAAAAUCGAGACCGAGCUUUCGGCCGUCUGCGCCGGGAUUCUGACUAUUCUCGACUCCAAUUUGGUUCCCUCCGCCGUUGGGAGCGAAUCCAAGGUCUUCUACUUGAAGAUGAAGGGGGACUACCAUCGCUACAUGGCGGAGUUCAAAGUUGGAGAUGAGAGGAAAUCUGCUGCUGAGGAUACUAUGAUGGCUUACAAGGCUGCUCAGGAUAUUGCUUUAGCUGAUCUUGCUCCAACCCACCCUAUAAGACUAGGGCUAGCGCUCAACUUCUCGGUGUUCUACUACGAGAUCCUCAAUUCAUCAGAGAAAGCUUGUACCAUGGCCAAACAGGCUUUUGAGGAAGCAAUUGCUGAACUGGAUUCAUUGGGUGAGGAAUCUUACAAGGACAGCACUCUCAUUAUGCAACUGCUCCGAGAUAACCUCACUCUCUGGACUUCAGAUAUGCAGGAGCAGAUAGAUGAGGCAUAGACUGAACCAGAUUGUUUUCGCUAUUGGGGUGAUUGGUGGGGCAAGAAAGACAAUGGCCUGUAUACUUUCUCAAGUAUAACUUAUAUGUGUUUCCUAGUUGUUCUGUCAACUGCAUAUAUCUCUCUCCGUUUGCUCUAGAGGUACUCAUAUGGUGAGAAACUCCCUUUGCGUCUCUCUUACGAAUAGAGUUUGGAUUCCCAGUUGAUCGAUCGAUUGACUGAGUUUCGCUUUUAUGACUGUAAUUUCUUGUGUUUUCUGCUCUUCCGUAAUGUUUCUGCGUGCGCCUGUUGUCGUGUGAACCCUUGGUUAUUCCUAUGAGGUGAUCGUGCAUACUCGUUAAGCAACAGUGGGGUGAAGCUACCUGCCUUCUAGUGACUAGCUUUCCUUCUUUAGUUAGGACUAGGAGCCACUAGACAACGUUCACAGUUAUUAGGGCUGAAAGUGGGAUUGUUUUCAAUCAAUCAACUCAGGUCCUCCCACUUCAUCACUUUAUCCUGACUUUGCUGGGUUUGGGUUAAGCUGUGACGGGUGACAGUGUGAAUGCCCAAGCAAUCCCUCCACACAUUUCUCCGUUAUCUCGCGGGGCGAAACGAACAAGUUCGAUUUUCUUCCGGCACCGCAGUGUCUUGAUCUCGGACACUCGUUAAGAAAAGCUUCCUCCGGGCUCCGGCUACUGAUUCUUGAGCCAUGCGAGGAUGAUAAGGGGAGCCUCCAAAUUUCUUCGAAGGCUCAAAAUUGAGUUAAAAUCCCCUUAAAAAUUCCAAGGAGAUUCCAUUUUUCCGCGAUGGACGUCAUAGAAUUCCACAACUCCCGUCUUUGUUAUAAGUGUCGUCGGAUUGUCAUAUACUGCGGUAAGAUACAAGUUAUACUGCCCCAUUUGAACUUGAGCAUGCGGAAGCUGGCUAACCUGGGAGGUCUUAGUGGUUGAGAGCACCCCCCCUCCCCGCAAACCCAUUGUAACUAGGUACUCUGGUUUUGUUAAUAGUUAAAUUGAUUUUGUUAAUAGUUAAAUUGAUGUAUUGUUAUCAAUGCAUGCAUAAUAAUAUUAAUAUAUAUAUAUAUAUAAGAAAAUUGGUGUAUUGUAGUUUACGUCGUUUGAUUUAUGUGAUAGUUAUUGUGAUAUUUAAAUAAGGUAUAUUACUUUUUUGAUGAAAUGUCACUUUUAUCCUUAUUUUUAAUAUAAAAAACAACAUACAUAAAAAGAUAGGGACAUAGUUGGAGGAAAGAAAACUACAACAAUCUCAAUGAAACAAUCUGAACAAUCUCACAAAAAACUUGAGAUUUAACUAUCACUCAUUUUUAGUUAUAGUCAGGGGCGAAGCCAGGAAUUCAAGUCACGGGGGGCCAAAUUUUUUUUUCAAGCAAAAGAAUACUAUAAGAAAAUAUCAUAUAUAAUUUAUUAGUUUAAACGUACACAACAUCUUUGAAAUUAUCACAUCACUCAAAAUACCAUAUAUGUGGAAAGUGUCUAUUACAUCUCGUUCAAUAUAAAUAACAAGACCAUCAGCGAGAAAAUUAUCAAUCAUUUGUUGCAUUGUUUAGUCACUAAUUGCAUGAUAGAAAAAGUCUGUUCACCACUAGCAAUAGAAAUUAGAAGAGUCAAAGCAAGACUAAUAAUCUAAAGGAGAACACUUUAUUACAAGAUCGCAUAUCACACAAGACGGACAUACUAAGUUAGUUGAUAAUUCAAUAAAUAAUAAUUGAACAAUAAAAAAAAAAAGAACACUUUAUUACAAGAUCGCAUAUCACACAAGACGGACAUACUAAGUUAGUUGAUAAUUCAAUAAAUAAUAAUUGAACAAUAAAAAAAAUAAAACAUUUGUCUAAAUUUAGUCCAAAGUGGAACUAAAGUGGAAAACUGGAAUUAUAGAUAGUGAAAUAUGUACAUAUAUUGAGAUUUUAGUAAGAGUACACAAGUACACAAGCUAGAAAACAUCAAUAAAGGAUAAUAUUAUUAAAAUAUAGUCAGCCAUAGAACCCGAACUACUGACUCCUUAUAUGAACAUGACAGCUUCCACCACUAGACCAUAACUAGAUUUGUGUCUUACUCAUACCACUACAUUACAUUAUUCGUGUCCCUGAAAUUCUCGGGGGGCCGUACUGCACUGGCUCCGCCCCUGGUUAUAGUUUGUGUCACAUCAAACAAACAAUGCAUAUAUUUUUUGUUAAAUUCAGAAAAAACAAUGCAUUCUGGACAAUACAUAUAACUAUACAAACCAAACUAUCACCAAAACCAAAUGACCCCUUAAGGAUCCUUUCGUUUAUUAAUCUCUUAAAUGAUAAAAACCUUUUUCCCUAAUAUAUGACUAAUGCAAUAACUGUUUGGAAUAUCUCUUAAAUGCAAUAACCUUACACAUGUUGAUCGAGAACCUUCGUAUGGAAAAUCUCUUAUUCUCUUUCAUUGUCUAUCGGAUGCCUCAUAUAGGAUUGGAGGUACCAUUUAAUUCGUGGGUUCCUGUUGCUGCUGUUCCAGCUCCAUCGAUUCAACUUAUGGCUGAACUUCUUCUCUUGUAGUUUGCCGGUUAUGAUUGUUUUUAGGGUUGGGAAACGGGUAUUUGGGUAUAGCAUUACCCGUCUCAUUUUUAAAAGUUUAUGGGUACCCAUAAUACUUGUAAUAUUUAGGCAAAAUACACUUGUAUAAUCAAAACUUUCGCGUUUGUGCCAACUGCCAAUAAUAGCCAAUUUUGGAGAAAUACGACUUAUAGCCAGAAUUUAGAAACUUUUGUGCCAAAUAUAGCUAUUUCCAUUACAAACUUUAACUUUGUUAGAGAUUCCGUAAGUUAGUUUAACGUUAGGCUGACUAGGACGCCAAAUCAUCGCACACGUCAGCGACAAAUCAGCCACAUUCGCCACGUAGGUGACACAUCAUAUUUUUAAUUUAAAAACAAAUGAUAAAUUCAUAUAUUAAUCAAAAAGAAAGGAAAAUUUCACCAAAAAAACAAAGAAAAGAAAAUCGUUUCUUCCCUAUCACAAACCACUCCCCUCACAAUCGAAAUACACACCUUCCUCUACCUCUCCUCCGCUGCCACCAGUCCUCACCGGACUCCACCCAAGUUCUUGAAUCUCGACACCCCCUACAACGCUGAUACCGCUUGUUUGUCCGCGGGCGAGUCAAAAAUCUCCCUCGAAUAGUUGACCGCAUUAGCACUUACAGAUUGGGCCCCGCUCAAUUGAAAAACCAUUGUGGCACCAUGCUUCUAUCGACCUUUUGAGUCUGACCAGCAGCUAGCCAAUCAGAGAAGCACUCCUCCGUGCUUUGUCUCUAGUUGCUCACGCCGCUGCUUGUGGUUGGCGGACGAAAUUCGAUUUCGUCCAUGAUGGCGAACGACGAGAUUGGCCAAUUCAGUGAGAGCGAAAACCAAUUGGAGAUCCGUCAUUUUGCUUUCAGUUCGUCAAUUUGUUCACUGUUCUACUUCUGAGUUCGUCUGCUGCUGCUCUAUUUGAGACUGCCACUCCCCGUCGUCGGCUUCUUAUUCCCAAGUGUUCCAGCAUCAAUAGAUCUCCACUCCCACAGAAACUCCUUGCGCCGCUCCCACAGCUACGAAGACCAGCUAUGUCGAACACAAGUGUUCUGGCGUCAAUCAAUCUCCACUCCCGCUUGGGUUUCCGUCGGAGAGGAGGGCAUUGUGGUUGGGCAACCCCGGGAGCAAAGCGGGAAGUGGUGUCGGGGGGGAAUCAGCGGUGGUAGUGGUUUGGAAAAUUAGGGAUUCGAAGAGAUAGAAGGGGAAAGUGAAAAGGGAGGGAUGGGGUUUGAGUUCCUUUUUAUUUUUUAUUUUUUAAAUUAAUCCAGCGUUGAAUUGUCAAGAGAGAAACUUGCCAACUCGGGCUUUCCGUUUGUCCAGUCAGCCUAUUGGUUAACAUCGUUAAAGAAUUGGACGGAAGUGGUUAUAAUUGGUAUUUCGCCAAAAGUGGUUAUAAGUGGCAUAAACGUGAAAAUUUUGC